CAACGAUAAUUUAUUUAUUUAUUGAUCCCUAUGAUUGAUGAAGAAUAUGAUGAGAACGAAUCAACGAACUACUGAUUAUGCAUUGACGUCGUAUUGUCAUGAUAGUGUCGAAUCACCGUCACCAGCAUCAGUUAUCGGUGCUGAAUAUUCUCGACAUUUACAACGAAAUUUUUUCCAAAUAAUUAGCCGUAAUUCAAUGCCUUUUCAAAUUGUCAAAUAUGUAUUGCUCAUUCUCAACAUAAUGAUAGUUGCAACAACGGCCAUUGUCACUAUAAUUGUAUGUCUAUUACCAACGAUAAUUUAUGAAAAGAAAUUAGCAUUGGAUAAUGCUAGUGCUUUUCUAAGAACUGGAAAUCUACAACAAUUGAAUUACAAUCGGCGAUCAUUGGAUGAAAAUGAAUUGAUACAAUUAUCUACACAGGAAAUCGAUACGAUCCGUUUGGUUCGAUAUUUCAUCCUUGCAUUAUCAUCAUUAAUUAUACUGAAUCAGACAUUGGCUGUGUAUGGUUUAUUCAAAGAACGAUCUUUUCACAUAUUGAUUAGUACAGUAGUCAUCGGAUUGAUUGGUCAACUAAGCUUGUUUGCAUUACCGGCAAGCAUAUUCAUUUUGAUAACCAUUCAUUUAAUUUUUAGUAUAAGCUAUGUAAUUAUAUUAAAUCAUCUGAAUCAGAUGGCAAGUGAUCCAAAAAUACGUCAACAAGCAACAUCAAGAGCACCAUCAAUAGAACCAUCACAACGAACCUGUUGCUGUCGAUGUAAAUCCUGUCUAUGUACAGUAACGACCAAUCAAUCCGUUGGAUCUACGAUUGUUGACAAUGUACUUGUCAAUCGGAAAGCAUCAUUUCACGCCAAUCAAUUAUCACAACCAUCUUCUUCAUCAUAUCCAAAUAAUCAAGUUCCAUACUAUUAUGGAUCAUUAGGUCGUGGAAAAUCUCGUAAUCCAGAAUCAAGACCCGGUUCGAUUAGUCAAUCUAUAAAUGUGGCCAAAAAUAAUGAAAAUAUUUAUGCACAGCGACCACCUAUUUAUCAUCAUUCACAAACACGUAGCCCAGGAUUACGUCCUAACAAUAAAAGUUCCAAUAUGAAUCUAGUCGAACCUAUUUCAGGUGGUUUCCAAUCACGAAAAGAAAUGACACCCACUCCACCAACAACAAAUUAUUUUGCCUUUGAAAUGUCUAAAGAUACUGAUAUUAUAUAAUGUUGAUUCGAUCCAGUAUCUGAUUCUAAUCUGGGUCCAAUAAAAUUGUUUAAAUCCAUU